AGUCCCAUAUUCAGUACAUGCCUAAAAGUAGGUUAAUUCUCUCAAGUGCUCAUUACCGUAACCGUCAAUCAUUUUACGCAGAGUUUUUAUAAAAAUUCGGGCCCCCUUCAUCGAGUCCACCCCAUCCAAACACAAAAUGGAUUACACUGGAAUGCCAAAGGAUAAGCUGGAGGAACAAGAGGCACUCAAGGUGGCAGAAGCAGCAGAGGUUGGAAGACGUUAUACAGAGGACAAAGACGUAAUCGAAUUGGAGAUUGAGGAGUGCAAAAGGCGGAUUUCGCAACGCACCGCUAUUUACCAACGGGCCCGAGAUCCUUUAAAUACUGAACUACGAUUAAUAAGGGCAGAGCUGAAGAAAUGGGAAGAAAAAACCCCUCUAGCUUUCUCUCCCGAGACACCUGAGCCGCAAACAGGCACGCCAGCGACACGACAGGAAUCACCAGGUGGUGACAGUACCAUUAGUGGAGUUGCAUUUGGGCACGGAUCCCUCGUCGUCGGUGUUGGACCUGGCCCAACCGUGUCGACAAUUAAUCUAAGACACGUGGAGCCCAACACCAGAAAGAGGUCGGCACCGGUGGUAAGUGAUUCUGGCCCAUUGAAUAGUCCUUGGAGUAUCGAGAAGGGGACAGGACUGUCCAGCCCAUCUCCUGAAGAGCCUAAAACACGAAACGAGAUCCCACCUCCAAAACGGUCCCCACACACCGUCUCCUCAUGAAAAACCUGAAACCACGAAUGACGAUGAUUCUCCGCUUACACUCCCACCAGGGCCAUAAAUUAGUUGACUCCCUCCGUUUUAAGUUAUACCGGAAAUUUAAAUUUUUUGUCACCUAUUUUUCUUCAUGAUACGUGCAUACAUAAAUUUUCAUAUGUUUCAUUUCAUUUUUUUUGUAAAAAAGCCAACUUUUUCCGUUCUUUAUUUGUCUGAAGGUAUGAUUAUGCGGAUAUUUAUGUAUCAGUAUUAAUAUGAUAUACUAUAAAUAAUUUAGAGACAAAUUGUCACCCCCGGAGGUAGUGUUGUGCUGUAUAUUCGGGUAAUUAUUAAGAGGCGGUUUUGAACUAUGAGGAAUAAGUCCAAAACUUGUUUACGAAGCAGGCAUGAUGUCAUUAUUUAAUAAAAUAAUACUUUAAUAUAUGUAAACAGUAAUCUUAAAAAUACUCAUAUAGAAAGGUUCAAUUUUUUAUGAUUGCGGGUGAUGAUUAAUGUAUCUGCAAAUGAUUUAAAUCAUAAUUUCACCCUGAUAAAGAAUUUUCUUGGUGAAUGUUUAUCUGUGUAUAUACCUCAUCGUCAAUUGAUUCAGAAUAAAGCCUUAUAAAAAUA